AUAAAAACACGGCGUGUGAACUUGAAUCAUUCAUCGAGAAUGUUCAGCUACGCUGCACAGAAACAGAAACAGCCGUUUUGAUGUACGCGUGUGAGGCACAUGCAGGAGACAAAUGGAAAUGUUAAAAACAGAAUAAUUAAUUUAACACACUUUAGCAGUCAAUUGCCUGUGUUUAAUAAUGGUAAUUUUCACUUAAGUGCUCUGGAGCAUCCGAGCUGCUGCUCUACAAGCCAUUUACAUUCAGACAGCUGCAGUGGGAUGUGCUUUCAGAGGGUGGUUUGUGUGGCCUCGCUGUUAAUAUAGGAGUCACAAAGAAAAUUGCCUGUUUCAUCAAAGGCUGCAGUAUUAUAGUGAGGGGUGUCGGCUAUAUGCUGGUGUUACAGUCAGGGGUGUGGGGUCUUUCAGAGUGUUACAGGGACGGGUCUCGGGGUCUGUCAGUUACAAAGCUGCAAUUCACAAGAAUUUAUGGUUGAACUAACUGUUUACAUCAGCACCGGUUGGUUCCAUGUUGUAACUUCUACACAGACUGGAACAGUGAGUAUAGGUGGAGUUGGUGAAAUCUUGAGCUCAGUGGAGUGAAGGGAAUCACUUCCCAAGCUACACUAACGUCUUGAGUAAUCUCGGUGUAAUACAGAUGUUAUUCCAGAAUGCUGGUGCUGUAAACAGCUCAUCAAAGUGACAGUGCGACAGCACGAAGUGUUUGCUUGUGUAGCUUUUUCUCUGUCAGUAUUUUUGCACCCCCUGUUUUCUGGUGAAGAUUGAGUGGUCCACAAGUUAUUGAGUGCUUUUCAAACUGGCCCUCAUUUGCAUCUGACCCGUCUCUGACUCAGUUUCCCAGGAGAGAGGUCACAGGUCAUUGAAGGGGUGCCAGGCAGUUUUUCUGCCAGUUACUGGGAUUGCCACCAGCAGCUCCACCAGGAUCAACUGGCCAACCCACCAUAGCCCAACAUAAAAGAAGUCGCAAGAUCCAGAUCCGGAAUAUUCCACCACAUAUGCAAUGGGAGGUAUUGGAUGGAUUGCUAGCCCAACACGGAGCUGUGGAAAACUGCGAGCAAGUUAAUACAGAAACUGAGUCGGCAGUGGUGAAUGUUACAUACGGAACAAAGGACCAAGCCAGACAAGCAAUAACCAAGCUGAAUGGCUACCAGCUGGAGAACUACAGCCUGACAGUCACCUACAUCCCAGAUGAACAGGCAGGACAGCAGGGUCAGGAGACGGGUCGCAGGGGCUACAGCAGCAGAGGCCCCACUCCGCAGGGCUCGGCCACACCCACAAAGCAGCAGUUUGACAUUCCCCUGCGCAUCCUGGUGCCCACCCAGUUCGUGGGAGCUAUUAUUGGAAAAGAAGGAGCUACCAUUCGGAAUAUCACCAAGCAAACACAAUCCAAGAUUGAUGUCCAUCGGAAAGAGAAUGCGGGAGCAGCAGAGAAGCCAAUCAGCAUUCACUCGACGGCAGAGGGUUGCUCGGCAGCAUGUAAGAUGAUCCUGGAGAUUAUGCACCAGGAAGCACAGGCAACCAAAACAGCUGAAGAGGUUCCACUGAAGAUACUGGCACACAAUAACUUCGUCGGCAGGCUGAUUGGGAAGGAAGGCCGAAAUCUGAAGAAAGUGGAACAGGAUACCGAAACAAAAAUCACGAUCUCUCCCUUGCAGGACCUAACACUUUAUAACCCAGAGAGAACCAUCACAGUGAAAGGUUCCAUCGAAGCUUGUUGUAAGGCUGAGGAAGAUAUCAUGAAAAAAGUGAGAGAAGCCUAUGAGAAUGACAUUGCUGCUAUGAAUCUCCAGGCAAACUUGAUUCCUGGUCUCAAUCUGAAUGCUCUGGGCUUGUUCCCACCUUCCUCAUCCACCAUCCCACCUCAUCCUGUCGGAGUAGCACCAGCAACACCUUACGGUCCCUACAUGCAAACCUCUGAUCCUGAGACAGUCCAUGUAUUCAUCCCAGCCCAGGCUGUGGGUGCCAUUAUUGGAAAGAAAGGGCAACACAUCAAGCAGCUUUCCCGAUGUGCGGAGGCUUCGAUCAAGAUCGCUCCAGCAGAAAGUCCGGACACCAAACAGCGCAUGGUGAUCAUUACAGGACUGCCAGAGGCUCAGUUUAAGGUCCAGGGCAGGAUCCACGGGAAGCUUAAAGAGGAAAAUUUCUUUGGACCCAAGGAAGAAGUCAAACUUGAGACGCAUAUUAAAGUUGCUGCCUCAGCAGCUGGCAGAGUGAUAGGAAAGGGAGGAAAAACUGUGAAUGAGCUGCAGAAUCUGUCCAGUGCUGAGGUUGUAGUGCCUCGAGAUCAGGUCCCAGAUGAGAAUGACCAAGUCGUCGUCAAGAUCAUUGGUCAUUUUUAUGCAAGUCAGCUAGCACAAAGAAAGAUCAGGGAAAUAUUAGCUCAAGUCAAACAUCAGCAACAGCAGAAGGUACAAAGCAACCAGUCCCAGCCUCGGAGGAAGUGAAAACACCAAAAUACUCCAGACACGUCCCAACAAUGAAGACAGAUGCCAGGCCAAAGAGUGGCUGUAUUUAGAUCAACUUUUUGUUCACUUUUUAAACUGUGGAAGGCUAAGUAAACAUUGUGGAAAGAAAUUAUAAUAAUUUGAUGUAAUUUAAGACUUCUUUUUCUCUACUUGAAGUAUGUAAAAGAAAAUUUAGACUAGCAGAGCCUCAAUUCCAUGUGGGGGACAGGCCAAACGUUCUCUCUGGAUACAGACAAUAUGUCAUCUGGGAGACUGGAGAAGCUGUUACUUAUAUAGGCCUGGAAUCCAUUUCCACUUAGAGCUAUACUGGUCAUCCUGUUACAGGUUGAUUCUUACCAAUUUUGGGUUUGUGACUUAUUUCUGAUGAUAAAUUGUUCGUUAUUUAAUAGGAGAAUGACUACACUAGCAACUUCCGCUAUUAAAAUUUUUUUGAGAAGGAUCCCCCCAAUUUGAUUCCUCUACAAUGAGUGGAUUCUUCUCUUCUGCCCUACCUAAAACCCACCAUUGUACUCUCACUCUUAUUUCUGACAGUUGGUUACAGGGAGACCAUGUCAUGCUGGCCAGAUUAUUGACAAGGUGAUGUGGUGAAUAUGGUUGGGUUUGUAGACUAUGGACAAUAGCAAAAUUGGAUUCCAACAUAAAAAUAUUCUAUUACUUGUCAAUGACAAACAAAAGGCAAGACUGAGUAUGGGAUGUGGGAAGUCAAGAGAGAAAAAUAUAUCAAGUGAAAAUUCGGUUAAGAAGGCAAUCUACCUCAUAGCCAUAAAAGGACAUGUAAUGGCCAUCAGAUCUAUCCAAUCGGAUAUAGUUGUAGACUUCCAGCUUUGUCACUGAAUGCAGGUCAGUAUAUUUUUUUUCUUAGGUAGUUGAUAAUUGAAGCAAA